ACUUCCGGCCGGCGGGUCCCAGCGAGGAGCGGGGAAGGCGUCGCAGCCGCCUCCAGAGAGCAAUUUCAAUCUCACCCCAUCUUGGGGGCUGUUAGCGCCAUGCCAAAAAAUAAAGGCAAGGGAGGCAAAAACAGGCGCCGAGGCAAGAACGAGAAUGAAUCGGAGAAAAGAGAGUUGGUGUUUAAAGAGGAUGGACAGGAAUACGCGCAAGUAAUCAAGAUGUUGGGAAAUGGACGACUAGAAGCAAUGUGCUUUGAUGGUGUGCGGAGGUUAUGCCAUAUCAGGGGAAAGCUGAGGAAAAAGGUUUGGAUAAAUACCUCAGACAUUAUCUUGGUUGGCCUACGAGAUUAUCAAGACAACAAAGCCGAUGUGAUUUUAAAGUAUAAUGCAGAUGAAGCUAGAAGUCUGAAGGCGUAUGGAGAGCUGCCAGAACAUGCCAAAAUCAAUGAAACUGACACGUUUGGUCCUGGAGAUGAUGACGAAAUCCAGUUUGAUGAUAUCGGGGAUGAUGAUGAAGACAUUGAUGAUAUCUAAGCCAAACUCAACGAGUUAUAUUCCAAGUUUUCCAAGGAUUGUUCUACGGUUGUGAUCUUGGCCAUCAGCUGUUACUAGUAAAAUUUUGUUUAACAUAAAUAUAGCUUGUUGAAACAUUGAUUUAUUUUUAUUAAAAAACAGUUUUAAUAUUUCUGAAAAAUGUUGAUGCUGAGUUAUCUUCACUAACGUAUUGACAGUUCUUGAGAUCAAAUAGAAUUUAUCAAACACAGAUAUUCACUU